CUCAAUCCUGUUCCGUCGUGCGAACCGCCAGCCAGUACUGUGCGUGACGGCUAGCUUGACACAUUCCGCGGCCGGGUCUUGCUGCCGUUUGACUUUCCGGGUUUCUGUUCGCGUCGAGUGUGUGGUUCUUCGGUGUUGUCGGUUCACGGUUCCUCUUCUUCCCCGGUGUGUGGUUCGCUGGAUGUUUGAUUAGUCUCGGGCCUUCUUGGGACGUCGCCAGCGUUAUCUCGAGGGUUCGUCGGAACCGCCGGAGGGGGAAGGCAGGUGUUGCGACAUGGUUGACUGUUGUUGGCUCUGAUCGGCAUCAGCUGUUCCGGUCAACGCUUGCUGCGGUACAGAAAGACUGCUGCGCCGAGAUUGUCGGUGCAGCGGAUGCAGAAUUCGACGCUGGGUGUUGUGUUGGUUUUGCGUGAGGUUCUGCUGAACAAGCCAGAGCCGCAACUACAGGAAGAGAGGGAGUGCAGUGUGUCUAGCUCCGUGCUCGUCGUGUUUUAUUAAUAGAUAUUUAUUGAUGAUACACGGUUGAUAAUUUAAUAACCGGCAAAGCCGACGACGAAGAAUCGGCCGUGUUCAGUGCAGCGAAACGGGUGAUUCAGCGCGAAGAAGUGUGAACCCAGUAAUUGAAGGCUCGUCGGCGGCAACUACAGCCAGAUGUAACAGAGAGGGCGCCGCACCAAAGGCUGUACAUCUUCGCCAAGUGAACGUGGUGUGGUGUGCUGGCACACAAACUCACACACGAAGUGUGAUGUUAUUUUUAAGUGAAUGAAAAAUUGGAAGCAAUUUGGCCUGCUCGUUGAGCGCGAAGAAGAAGAAGCUGACAGGCAUGUGAAAGAGUGUGCGCGUGUGUGUCAGUGCUGCUCGGGAACGAUUUAAUUGUCAAAAUAGAAAUUAGGUGGAUGAAAUUCGACUAAUUGGAGAAUAAUUCAAGUGGACAACGGAUAGCCGCAACAGAGAGAGGAUUCGGCGGCGGCGGCUGUUCAACGUAGGAACAACUGGUGCGUGUCGGCGGAAUCGCUCGCGACUUGUCAUCGCAGCAACCGCAGCGAGCGAGCAAAAAACUCACCGGUUAGUAUUGAUGUUUGGAUCCACUAGAAUUCACCUCUACAAUAAACUCGAAAUCGCGAACCAAAUUCACAGCUGGCUCUCGUCCAAAGAUCGCGACUAUGGACUCCUCCAGCAAGCAUCCCACAACAGUUCGAGAGAUCCCGUCGAAAUGAUGAAUUAAGUGUUGAAUAGCCGAGAGCUGCUGCCCGGGAGAGCAAAACACAAAUUAGACACUAACGCGAAACCAAUUUCUGUGCGAAAACAUUCCAUCGAGAGUAAAAGUGCGAACCUAACCUCACUUUUGUUGGAAUUCAAGUGGCCGAACGUGCGAAACUUUUGGAAUAGGUUAGGAAUUUCGACUUUGCAAGUUGAGGUGAAGUGAGUGGUGCGAAAGGUGAUUCGGAGCUUGAGAGGAGAGGAAUCACCGGAAGUGAUGGGAACUUUCGGUGACCACGGGAGGAGACACGGAGGAGCGGUUCCACUCGGGAUGAUGUCACGGAUCGGGUUUUGGUGGAUGGCGAUGGCACUGUUGGCAUCGUUCCAGCUGACAAAUGCUCAAUACCGCUCCCCGCGAAUCACAGAACACCCCUCGGACGCGGUCGUCCCCAAAAACGACCCCGUCACGCUCAACUGCAAGGCCGAGGGCAAACCGGCCCCCAUCAUCCAGUGGUUCAAGGACGGUGACCUGGUCAAGCUGGACUCCAACCACGUCCUGCUCCCCUCGGGGUCGCUCUUCUUCCUGCGGACCGUACACAGCAAAAAGGACCAGGACGAUGGGGUGUACUGGUGCGUGGCCAGCAACAAAGCCGGAACGGUUCACAGUCGGAACGCAACCCUGCAGGUGGCGGUUCUCCGCGAUGACUUUCGAGUUGAGCCGAAGAAUACGCGGGUUGCGGCCGGGGAGACGGCCCUGCUGGAGUGUGGCGCCCCGAAGGGCAAUCCGGAACCGACGAUAAUCUGGCGGAAGGAUGAUGUUCAGCUGGAGCUGGAUGACUACCGGAGUGGGAAGGAUUUGGCCCGGGUGCGGAUGGUGGAUUCGGGGAAUCUGCUGAUUAGUGACGUGAGGUCCGGGGAUGCUGGGCGGUACCAGUGUGUGGCGCAGAAUACCGUUGGAUCGAGGGAGAGUGUGUACGCGAAGUUGAUGGUGCUUGUGAAACCAUACUUCAUCGCCAAACCAGUGGACGUGACCGUGCUCGAGGGUCAGCGCGUGCAGUUCCAGUGUGCCGUCAGCGGUGAUCCCUUCCCGCAGGUCCUGUGGAGCAAGGAGGACGGCCACAUUCCGGUGGGCCGGGCCGAGAUCCUCGAGGAGGACCGCAGUCUGGUGAUCCGGAAUGCCACCCCGGACGAUCGCGGACAGUACAUCUGCGAGGCGCACAACUCCGUCGGCCAGAUUAGUGCCCGGGCCAAUUUGGCCGUAAAUAUUCCCCCGAGCUUUACGGUGCGUCCCCAGGACCAACGGGUGGUUCCGAACGGGGUGGCCACGUUUCGGUGUGCGGCCACCGGGAGCCCUGCGCCGUCGGUGUUCUGGACCAAGGAGGGCUCGCCGACGCUAAUGUUCCCGAACAACACGUAUGGUGGGAUCCAGAUCGGUGGCCAGGGGGCGUUGCAGAUUCGUGGCGUUCAGCGGGAGGACGAGGGUUACUACGUGUGUUCGGCGUUGAGUGUGGCCGGAUCGGUGACGAGCCGGGUGUAUUUGCAGGUCACCUCCUCGCUGGACUCCAUCACUCCACCCCUGCUGCAGCUGGUCCCCUCGAACCAAUCGUUGCCGGCCGGUGCCAACACAAUCCUGCCCUGCCGACUUCCUGAUCCCUCAUCCUCAUCCACUUCCCCAUCAACUUCCGGACAAAUCUCCUGGGAGCGCAACGGCAGCGAGCUGGCGACGACGGGCCGCUUCACGCAACUUCAAGGAGGCUCGCUCAAGAUAGACGAUCUUCAACGGGCGGACAGUGGCUGGUACCGGUGUGUGGCCCGGGCCGCCGGACAGGGCAGCAGCAUGGCAACGGUGUUUUCGGCCUGGAGUGCAUAUCUGGCGGUCGACGACAACCUCCCCGGUCCCCAGCAGCGCACCUUCUCGUCGGACCAGGUGCCCUCCAUCCCGGGCUCCCCGAAGGCCGUCAACAUCACCAACAGCAACGUCACCCUGGCCUGGUCCCGUUCGCAGGACAAAUCCCGCUCCCACACCCCGCUCACCUACACCGUCGAACAGUUCAGCCCCGACUCCACGUCUGAUGACCUUGGCUGGACGGUGGCCCUGCGUGGCAUCGCUGGCAACACCGCUACCGUCACCGGCCUCUCGCCGGAAGUGUCCUACAUCUUUGCGGUGCGGGCGGAAAAUGCGUUCGGCUAUUCGGCGCCCUCCCCGCUGUCCGCCCCCAUCCGGACGCUGUCCUCGGACGACCGGGUCACCGUGCCGGAAGAGAUGGAAAUGGCACGGAGCGUGUUGAACGGGAAGAUCCUCGAACUGAUCGACAUCGUCCCGCUCUCCUCGACCUCGGUCCGUCUCGAGUGGCUCCUUCACGUGAGCGCCUCCGAACAGUACGUCGAGGGGUUCUACGUGCGCUACCGCGAGCUGGACUCCAGCACCCAACGCUACAGCAUGCUGUCGAUCCCGAACAACGAAAUCGAAAGCCACAUCAUAACGAAUCUGUCCAAAUUUACCAAGUACGAGUUCUUUUUGACGCCGUUCUUCAAGAACUUGGAGGGUCAGCCGAGCAACGCUCGCAUUGUGCAGACGAUGGAAGAUUUGCCGAGUGCUGCGCCGGGGAACAUUCAAACCGGGAUGAUGAACUUGACGGCGGGUUGGGUUCGGUGGAGUCCGCCGGCGAAGGAUCAGAUCAACGGGAUGCUUCAGGGGUACAAGAUUCAGGUUAAGGCGGGGAACAUUUCGAAGUUGCUGGCGCAGAUGACGCUGAACUCGAGCACGACUUCGGUGAUGUUGAACAAUUUGACGACUGGGAGUAGUUACAGCAUCCGGGUUGUGGCGUUUAACCGGGCUGGGUUGGGACCGUACUCGAAGCCGGUGCAUUUGGUGAUGGAUCCUAGCUUUGUGAUUGUUCCGCAAGGAGUUCACAAUAGUUACAAUGACUACGAGGACUUUCGGCAUCACAACUUUCUGCACGAGACUUGGUUCAUGAUCUUCGUCGUUUUGUCUUUGUUUAUCAUUCUUUUGUUCACGAUCGUUGGAGGAGUGAUCUUCUUCAAGCGAAGGCAAGGCCUCGGAAAACCCGUUGUAACGGUUCCAAUUGGAGCGAGGAGAGAUUUGCCCAACUUGAGUGUAACCAGGAAGGAUAAUGGGAUCUGGAUUGAUCGCGGCUGGAGGACGUGUGACACGGAUAAAGACUCCGGGUUGAGUUCGAUCAAGCUGCUGGAGGGAAGUCAGAUGUACCCGAACCAGGCGUUGUCCGAUGGAGGGACGGACUAUGCAGAGGUGGAUCCGAGGGGAGUCACGUCAUUUUAUAACUGUAGGAAGUCCCCGGAGAGUCCCACCCCGUACGCGACGACGAUGAUCAUCAACGGCAUCCCGCACAGCGACGGUGGCGGCGAUCUAAGCUACCAAGGUCACGACACCUUCUCGUCGACCUCGUCCAGCUUCCGGUCGUUUUACGGCUACCCACGGCCGGUGAACAGCAAUCAAGUUCCCCCCAACUGGGUCGACUACCUGCCACCGCCGCCGGAGCAUCCCCCGCCGGCCCCCCAGCAGCUGGACAUUGCCCACCUGAACCACGUGAUCUACCCGUCCGAAAUGCUGGUCGCCGGCGGUCCACCCGGAACCGCCUCCUCCCACAGCAGCUCGUACUGCUCGCGGCGAACGUCCGGCUACAAGUGAGAUCCGGUCGCCGGCAGCCGCUGCUCCAUCAACCACUACCUGAUGAUCGGAAAUCGCGCGGCCGCGGCGGAGGUCGUCCCCCAGAACUGCUACUAACCUUAAAAAAAUGAACAGCAAAAAAAAUCCUUGUAAAAUGACACCAACCUUAGAGCGAGAAAGAGAAAGAGACAGUUUACGAGGGGAUCGACCAUCGACCGCGACGACGACCACGACGAUAAAUGCUUCUUUUUUCGCGGGACGCUAAAUGGGUUGAGAGACGGGGUUGGUCCAGUACAGCGAGUCAAACAGCUAAUCGAGUGUCCAAUUUUCCAACUCCCCCGAUGCAGUGUCUCCCCCGCCAACCGUGCCGCGAAAAGUUUAGAGAAAAGAAGCAAACAACAAUAUUUACACGCAAAUGUUGGGCUGGAAGCAAUUGAGCCCUUUUGGUCAACCCAACGCUGGCUAUGCACACACACGCAUUCUCCGGAUUGGACAUUCCUCCCGCUGAAGGAACUAUUCCUGCGAUGAAACACGCUGUGUGUGUGUCACCGAAAGCAUCGAGAUCUCACAAUAGCAACCUUGAAUGGAUCUCAGAACACAUACUAAAGAGAAGCAAAUAAGAAACACUCACUAAAAAUCCUAAAUUGUAGUUGAAAAACACACACGUAGUUUGAACCACAGAUGAACACUAACUAUUUACACAAAUUUACACCACAGCUAGAAAGUGAAACACUUGAAGAUUACUCAGUAGCAGAAGUGAAGAUAUUUAUUUUAAAACGUGAAAAAAAAUGCCAACGAUUUAUUUUUGCAGUACAAGCUAUCGGAACUUUCCUUAAUAAACCAACAUGAAAAUAAAUAAAAA